UCUUUUCAUGUUUAGUACAGAACACAUGAUGGUCUACAGAGUACGUGGGGGCAUUGCCGAUUCUUUAAAGGAUGUUGGUUUCAUUGUAUUUUGAGUUUUACCUUAACGAUAACUUUGUUCUCUUAUAAAUUCUCUGAGAGGAUUAAAGUCCGUUUUCCUGGCAGACACAAAUCCCUACGGGGAACUUGGCACAAAGUGAGAAAAACGACUGUCAGCCCUCAGAGAUACAGUGUCCCUUUCUACAGUGUUUAGAACAGAGCACUAUUUGGGUUCUUUCUGUCAAUACCCCUCUACCCCCAUGCCACUGAUUUCUGUAUGCCUGUCCCCAGAGCCUAGAUUGAAUUUAAGAAGUGGAAAGUUGGUGAGGAAAAAUGUGCAAACGUCAUUUUGUUACAAAAGACCAUCGGGAUUCUUUUCCUUAGAAAAUAUUUAUUGUGAGACAUAAAAUGAGGGAGGUGAAUAAUACCUUCAUUAGCUCAUUCAGUGGCCAUUUAUUUGAGCAUGUUUAUGUGCCACAAGCCAUGCUAGGGCCUGAGGAUACAGUGGUAGACAAGUGAGGCUUCCUCCUGCCGUUAGUGGUGACCAGUCUGGUGGGUGGGGUUAGACAGGAGCUAUGGUUGGCCCAUGGGGUAGGUGCUGGGACAGAAAGCCCAUGGGGCAGCAGGGCCAGGUGGGGCAGUAGCCAGCCAAGAGCUCCAGGGGGCAGAGAAGGCUUUUUCUGGAAGAAAUGAUGUCAUAAAGAAACCUGAGAUUGGGUAAAAGAUGGCCAGGUGAUGAGCUGGAGCUCAGAGUAAAUAGGCAACAGAAAGCCAGGUGUGUUGGUUCACGAGGCUGGAAUGGACUUUACUGAGGGGAGUGGAAUGGAGAGAAUAUCCCAGAUGACAAGAUCCAUAUUGUGAUGUGCCUGGAGUUGAACUUGAUUCUGAUGUGAUGGUGAUAAACAGAAGAGUAAUAUGGUCAGAUAUGCCUUUUGGAAAGGUCACUCUGGCCACUGUGUAGAGAAUGAACUGAGAACAGCAAGAGUGGGGGCAGGGAGCCAUUCAGGAGACUGUGUCCUUUGUGCAGAACAUCUCAUGGAAUUCAUAUUCUGUGGAAGAUACUUUGGGAAGUGCUGAAUUAAAGAAAAAAGGUUUUCGUUUUUUGAAAUCAUUUAUGUGAUUUCUGAGUUACACUUUCAUCGUGGAGAGAAAACUUAUGCCCUUGCCUCUAUACAUCUCCACAUCAUAAAUGGAACCCAAUGGCAUCUUCAGCAGUAAUGACAACAACACGGACUGUUCAAUCGAAAACUUCAAAAGGGGAUUUUACCCCAUCGUGUACCUGAUAAUAUUUGUCUGGGGAACCUUGGGAAAUGGAUUUUCCAUAUAUGUUUUCCUGCAGCCUUAUAAGAAGUCCACGUCUGUGAAUGUUUUCAUGCUAAACCUGGCCAUUUCAGAUUUUUUGUUCACAAGUACACUGCCCUUCAGAGUUGACUAUUACAUCAGAGGCUCCAAUUGGAUAUUUGGGGACCUGAGCUGCAGGAUUAUGUCUUAUUCUAUGUAUGUCAACAUGUACAGCAGCAUUUAUUUCCUGACUGUGCUGAGCAUUGUGCGUUUUCUGGCAACUGUUCAUCCCUUCCGGCUCCUCCAUGUGGCUAGUAUCAGGAGUGCCUGGAUUCUGUGUGUGGUCAUAUGGGUCCUUAUCAUGGCUUCCUCAGUAGUGCUUCUGAACAAUGGCUCUGAGCAGAAUGGCAAUACCACAUUAUGCUUAGAGUUGAAUAUGAAUAAAAUUGUUAAACUGAAGACGAUGAACUACAUUGCCUUGGUGAUAGGCUUCAUGCUACCAUUCUGCUUGCUCAGCAUCUGUUAUCUGCUAAUCAUUCGAGUCCUGUUAAAGGUAAAGGUCCCAGAAUCUGGGCUGCGGGUUUCUCACAAGAAAGCACUUAUCACCAUCAUCAUUGCCUUGAUCAUCUUCCUUCUGUGUUUCCUGCCUUAUCACAUACUGAGAACCCUCCACCUGGUCGUGUGGAAAGUGGAUACAUGCGAAGACAAUCUUCAUAAAGCUGUGGUCAUCACACUGACCUUGGCAGCAACCAAUAGCUGCCUCAAUCCUUUGCUCUAUUAUUUUGCUGGGGAAAAUUUUAAGGACAGACUAAGGUCUGCACUCAGAAAAGAUCACCCCUGGAAGACAAAGUACAGCAUUCCUGUCUGCAUGUGGUUGAAAGAGGAAACACAAGUUUAAGGGGUUAUUAAAUGAGGCCUGUUCUUGUAUACUUGUGUCCACCUUCAUUCACACAUAGUCCCAGUCACAUGACCAUGUAUUUACAUUAUUUCCAACAAAGAUCAAUUCCUAACAUUUAAAUUGACCAUGACUUCUGUUAAUAAGUCCUACUUCAAACAUUUUAUUAGGUGUGUUUUCAGUGGUUGAGUCUAAAUGAGAAUGUAGCAGGCAAAAUCUCUACUAGUCUUGCAACCUAAAAUGUUAGACUGGGAAAAAAUGCUGAGCACACUGGGUGCUUAUUUUCUUCAGAUUCUGUACCAGAUCUCUGUUCUACCAGCCAAUCUAAAUUAACUUUAAGACAACUUCAACUUCCCCAGCUUCUCCAGCUCCUCUUCCAUCUUCAGUCCCCUAAGAUAUAGCCAGGUUCCAGAGCUAAAGGAGAUUCCAGAGCAGAUAAGAAAAGUAUCCUAAGGAAUCAGUGAAAAGACUUUGUGAAGAAGGCUGCCCUUUAACAAGGCAGUCAGGGUCCCAAAAAAGAACGGUGAGAGAAAAAGGGAGAGAAGGACUAGGGCAAGAAAGAGCUGGUUAGAAGUAGGGAGAAAGACAAAUUUUAUUUUGCACUGGGAGAGAGGCUCUAGCACACUGAAGGCAAGAAGGUUCUCUUUGUCUCUCUCUCCAGGGGGUUAGAAAGGAUAAGAAGACUAGGAGGAGGAACUGGGGCAUUACCCUAGGGGGUGGAGGGAUUAUGUGUGAAAUAGCAGAAUAGAGGGGAUCAAUAUUACUCUUAGGAUUUGGGUUUGGACUGCACUGCAGUUCUCAGUCCUGCUCAUUAAUCCAUUUGGAUGGGAGCCAGAAAGGAGGAGGUCGCUUUAAGGGUUUGGUUGGGCACUGAAAGAGAGAGUGGGGUAGAGGGUAAGUUGUAAAGGUGGCUGUACCCCUGAAAUUCUAUUAAUAUCUUGGCAGAACAUGCGUAGGGUGGCUUUCCUUUUGAGGGAGUAUAGAAAAGAACUGGAUAGUGGGAAGGGAUCCUUUCUGUCCACUGAAAAAAGCUAGGGAGACUACCAACUACUACCUCCCUGAACAUUGUACCACCAACAGUUGAAUGCCCUCUCCACGCUGGGCAGACUUGUGCCAGGCAUUUGACAUUCAGGAACCCCAUUUAACCCUCACACUAAAGCCAUUCACUCUAUGAAUGAAGAAAUGGAAGCUCAGAGAAAUUAAGAAACUUGUUCAAGUUCACACAGCUUGUAAGAGUUUAAAAAAUCUCCAUGCAGAAGGGUUGGCCAGGUGCUUACUUUACCGCUCUUCCUACAAAUCUUCAGGCAAAUUGGUUGAAAAUCUGAAUAAGAGUUCCCUCCCCCCACCAGGCACCUACCCCUCCUCACUGUCAUGAGAUUUCCUCUUUAGAGUUGUUGAAUCCAGGCAGAGUAGAGUGUGGGAGAGAGGUAGUGCUCUAAAGUCAGGGAAGAAGUGAAUGUUUUCAUUGUAAACAAGAGUCCCAGAACCCUUCCCUUACUCCUCUGUCUGGAUGCUGACAGAAUAUCCUGUCAAAACAAUAGACGAGAAUUCACCUAUGGGGAAAUGCAAGAAAAAGACUAACAGAUACAGACUGUUGAGAAUUCCCCAACAUAAAAGCCAGCAUCUGCCUUAUUACCUACUGACAGGGAGGCCCACACUGCAACUAAUCUAUUCAGAGAGCAUCUAGUCAACCUGUUAGAGCCUCAUUAUUAAUUAUGAAUAGUCAAUGACCACUACACAUGGGCAGGGGGGAAAGGUCCAAACAUAAAAACUACCAACAAACAAAUCAGGAUAGAGACAUUUUCAAUAUGAAAGGUCUCAACACUUUUAUUACCCAUGUACUUUUUAUCAGAAACCUACUGUGAGGAUGUGCUCCUCCAAAAUAAGUGAUUAAGCCAAGAUAGAGGAAAACAUGACAUCUAGGACACAAGGAAUCCAGUACAGGGGAAAGGUGAACAACACAGGAUGUUGGUGGUAGCAGAAAAACAAGAAACUAACUGAUUUGAACAAUCAAUUUGGAGAGAUUUAUAUUUUUCUUGAAGAAGUUGGGAUGAACUAGUGAAAGUACAUAGAAAAGUAAGCAAGGGAAAAGACACUGUGAUCAUUGAAUGCUAGCAAAAAGAAACUGUUGUUUAAGAAAGGAAAUAUAAUCAUAGUACACUACAUGGCUCAGCUGUGACUAAAGUUUACACAAUAUAAUGUAAAUAACAAAAUGCUGUGAUAUAACUUUUUUUGGGAAAUGAGAGGAGAGGAUAUGUAUGUGGGGGAGGGGUAUAAGAAAUCUAGGUCCCCAUCUUCAAUCACAGAAAAUGCACAAUAACUAAAGCUAAAGAAUGAUAAAAGCUGUAUAAAAAUGUUAUUUAGCAAUAGGGGCUACAGCCCAGAAGAAACAAUGAAAAGAACGGACAAGGUUGGCCUCUGGGGAGUUUGGAGUGGGAAAAAGGGUGGCGAUUUCUCUUUCCCUUUUAAGAACUAAUCAUCUAACUUGUAAAUAUGUAUUGCUGAAAUAAAAAUUAAGUUAAAAUUAAAUUUAAAAACUUAAAUUAAUUCUUCGGGUUUUGUUGGUUUGUUGGUUUGUUUGUUUAAAAAAAAAAAAAGACAGGGGCACCUGGGUAAUUCAGUCAGUUGAGCAAUGACUUUGGCUCAGGUCAUGAUCUCAAGAUUCAUGGGUUCGAGCCCCACAUCUGGCUCUGUGCUGACAGCAUGGAGCCUCCUUGGAAUUCUCUCUCUCCCCCUCUGUCUUUGCCCCUUCCCUGCUUGAGCUCUCUCUCUCUCUCAAAAAUAAACAUUAAAAAAAUUGAAAAAUAUAUAUUAAAAAAGAAACAAGACAGAAAAGAAAGGCCACCAGAAAUGGGCACUAAAUGAACACUGACAGAUGAAAGGAAAGCAGGCGGGGUGCCUGGAUGGUUCAGUUGGUUAAGUGUCCAUCUCUUGAUCUUGGCUCAGGUCAUGAUCUCACAUUUGGUGAGUUUGAGUCCCAUGUCUGUCUCUGCACUGUCAGCAAGGAGUCUGCUUGGGAUUCUGUCUGUCUGUCUCUCUCUGCCCCUACCCCGCUUGCACUCUCUCUUUCUCUCUCUAAAUAAAUGCAUAAAUAAACUUUAUUUAAAAAAGAAGGAAAGAAAGGAAAGCAGGAAAUGGUUAGACUUGGAUUUGGGCCCCUGAGGGAGGCCUGUCCAGCCCUGCCACGGGAGGGGAGACCCCUCUUGGGAUGAAUGGAGUCACUUCCUGGGGUCAGAGGUACAUCAGGAUAUUUUUUAGUCACAUGUAACAGAAAACCCAACUCCAAGUGAGUUAAACAGUCACUGUCUCAUAUAACUGUAAUAUCCAAAGAAAAGUUAAACUUCAGACCUAUUCACCUGGGGCUUCUGUGAGCCUUAUUCUCCAGUUAUCGGCUUGGUCCCAUGGCUGAAUCCCCUCAUGGGAAUAAGCUGAUUGCAAACAGCCUGAGGCUACGUUUCCUUACUUAUUAUUUCCAGGAGAAGAAACAGGGUAUCUCCUGCUCAAAGCAUUUAAUAAAGUUAUAGGGCUUCCCUUUGAUCAGACCUACUCAGAUUACACACUAGCUCUAGUUUACUAGACCAAAGAAGGGAUUGCUCUGAUGGAAAGAGGAUGAUCAGAGUCUACACCUGCAGUAGGGUUAAACCCACUGAAACCUCAGCUGGGAGAAAACUGAAAUGGAAUUUGCAGAGGCCACAUAUUCUACAUUGCAAGUGAAGUGGAAAAGAACUGCCAGCCAGACAGCCAACCAAGCUCAGCGUGGCCAGCACCUAGGCAGCAGCCCCAGCAGCUGAGGAGGGUGAGGGAAUGAUGUGCUGGUGGAAGAAGGAUCAAAGCUAAAAUAGGACUUUAUGUUGUAAAGUCACAGGGAUUUUUGAAGGGUGAUUAGAAAUCUCAACAACUCUCCAAGGUUAAGCUAGCCCAGAUAAAGCUGUGAUAACUGAGAGCACCCAAGGUCCUUGGGAUGAACGGUCAUGGAGGGGUUGUGAGUUCUUUGUGUCUUUAAAUCUCUGGUGAGUGUGCAUGUGUGUGCAUGAGAGAGAGAGAGACAGAGAGACAGAGACAGAGACAGAGACAGAGAGCAUGCUUAAUGACUUUUUCUUUUUCCAAGACUUUUCCUUUCUCUAGUCAGGAUGAAACAUCUCAUCUGGUAAAGAAUGUUGUCCUCCAGGAAGAAAACAAAAUGGAAGUCUUUAUUUACCAAAGCUAAAGCCAAGAAGGUCCUGAGGUUUUAGAUAUAGUUCUUUUUUUGUUUGAGAGAUUAGAUAUCCCCUCAAGCAAGUGCAUAAAUUGUUCAACUGGGAGAAAGGAUUUUUGUUGUGUCAACUUUAGUGGACAUCAUGCUAUUUCAGUAAAGACCUAAGAACAAAUGCCAUUAUAUUUCAUAACUAUUUUAAAUGACCAAUUCUAUGUUUUAAAUUUAAUUAGGAUGACUUACAAUUUAUUCUGAAGCAGAGAUUAUGUCAA